AUGCAGCCUUUGCGAAAGCCCUCGCGUCGGCGAGCUGGGUCUCAUCUUCCCCAGGAAACUCAUGAGACGGCCUUACAUGCGAUCCGCACUAUGCUUCGAGGAAGGACUGGCUAUGAUGCUUUCCCGGUCUCCUUCCGUUUGAUUGUUCUCGACACCAAACUCAGUGUCACCCGAGCACUACAAUGCCUGCUAGCUAAUAACGUUGUUUCUGCACCGCUUUGGAACAGCGACAAGUCAGCUUUCGCUGGCAUGCUUACCGUCCUCGACAUCAUUCACCUCAUCCAAUAUUAUUACAAGCUGGCCUCGGACACCGAUGUGAACUAUGACAAUAUUAAGAAGGAUGUAGAGCGGCUUCCUCUAGAGUCUCUUCGAGAAAUUGAAAAGGAACUUGGAGUUGCUCAACCCACAUUGCUUAGCGAACACCCUAAUGCUUCUAUCUUUGACGCAGCUAAGCUGCUUAUCCAAACCCAUGCCCGCCGACUACCACUACUCGACAGGGAUUCUGAGACAGGACAUGAAGUUAUCGUCUCCGUUCUGACACAAUACCGUCUGCUCAAGUUUGUGUCCAUGAAUUGUCCCUCAGAGAUUCAGCAACUAAACCACACGCUGCGUAAACUGAAGAUCGGGACCUAUGUCAGCCCAGCCGGCUCAUCUACGCGGACAUUCGAUCCUAUCGCUACCGCUACGCUCGACACUCCGGUAUUCGAUGUCGUUCAGAUGUUCUCUGAACGGUCAAUUUCUGCCGUACCAAUUGUCAACGAAGAGGGUAUCGUGGUCGACAUGUACGAGACAGUUGAUGUCCUUACCCUCGUUCGACUUGGGGUCUACCUAAAUUUGGACCUGACUGUUGGAGAAGCACUGAAAACGCGCUCUCCGGAUUUCCUCGGUGUGGUCAUUUGCACUGCGUCCGAUUCCCUCCGAACCCUGCUUGAGCUCAUCAAGAAACGACGAGUGCAUCGACUGGUGGUUGUGGAAGGAGAGGAAGAAGAGCGAAAUGGCGGAAGGAAGGGUCGCCUUCUGGGCAUCAUCACCCUGAGCGACGUCCUUCGCUAUAUAAUUGGUGAAGUGGAUAUUGCUGAGGAGCCCUAA